CCAGGGGCUGUUAGGAAAGCAGAGGAAGGAACGGUGGGCACCUUCCCAUUGGCCGGGGGGCACUCACCCAGAUGUCUGGCUUCCACAUAAAAGACAGGAACCACUGCAGUCAGCUUCCACUUCUAGUUAAAGGACGACAGCAAAAACAGCCAAAAAAGGAAGAUGGCCAGGCUAUUAUUAUUUUCCCUCCCAGGUCUUGUGGCCAUAUGUGCCGUGCAUGGAAUGUUUAUGGACAGACUUGCUCCCAAGAAGCUGUGUGCAGAUGACGAGUGCGUGUACACUAUUUCUCUGGCCCGAGCUCGAGAAGAUUACAAUGCCCCAGACUGCAGGUUCAUUAAUGUUAAAAAAGGACAGCAGAUUUACAUUUACUCAAAGCUGGUACAAGAAAAUGGAGCUGGAGAAUUCUGGGCUGGCAGUGUUUAUGGAGAUGACCAUGAGGACGAGAUGGGCACCCUGGGCUAUUUUCCCAGCAGCUUGGUUGAGGAGCAACACGUGUACCAAGAAGCCACCAAGGAAGUCCCCACCACGGAUAUUGACUUCUUCUGUGAGUAAGAAAUUAGACCUGCAAAUAAAAAGGAAACACCAAAAAAUAUAAACAGUGAAAUA